AUGGCUCCAACAGUCGCGGUAGCUGGCGCGACUGGAGGCGUUGGAAGAACACUCGUUGAACAGAUCCAGCACGAGAACAAAUUCUCAGUUAUUGCUCUAACUCGAAGGGAACAUGUUGAGUCGGCAAUCAGCGACAUACCGUAUGUGCAAGUAGACUAUGACGACAUUCCAGCCCUCGUGCAUCAACUGGAACACCAUGAAGUCCAGACGGUUAUUUGUGCCAUUGGCAUGCUGGGAGACGCUUGCUCUGAAGCCCAGCUUAAUUUAAUUAAGGCUGCCGACCAAGCACACACUGUGAAACGAUUCAUCACGAGCGAGUUUGGCUACAUGACGCGUGAAGAGAGGAAAGAUAUCGACCCUGGGGUCGACUGGUUCCUGGGAGCCGCAAAUCUUCUCAAGAACAGCAGCUUGACAUACACUCGCCCAGUAUGCGGUGCUUUUAUGGAUUUCAUGGGAGCCCCGCGCGCGCGGUCGAACAUCGUCCCGAACACCAUCGCCAUUGACGUUUUUAAUCGAGAAGCAUGCAUUCCAGGAGAUGGAUCCGCUAGGAUAACCAUGAUAUACAGUUAUGACGCCGCAACUUUGAUUGCAAAACUACUCGAACUCGAUGAAUGGACCGAGUUCAGCUUUUGCGAUGGGGAAGACACAACUCUUGGGCAAGCCCUCAAAGACGCGGAAGAAGUCUGCGGCGAGAAGUUCAAAGUUACCUACUUGAAGCCUGAAGAUGUUGCCAAAGGGGAUGUUCCCACCAUGAAGGUUCUUGAAGGAAGUGGCAUCCAGCCUGACGAACUUAACGCAUAUAGUGUUUUUGGUUAUCAACUUUAUCUAGCCGAAGGCUUUUGUUUACCUGCUGAAGGUCGACUGGGGAACAAGUUUCCAGGUUUCAAGCCGAGGACUGUCCGGGACUUCUUGGAAAUGACUUGGGGGUCGCAUAUCUAG